CUUAUUCAUAUCAGUUCAAGGUUUGCUCGCUGUAGAGUGUAUAUUAUCUAUUCAGUAGGCAUGAGUGUUGGCACUAUCAUAGAAGACAUAAAAAAAACUAAAAAGGAUAUAGAGGAUCUGAAGGCUUCCAUUCAGAAAAAGAAGGAACAGCUGAAUGACGUCGAUUUUUCGACCAUGACCGACGACCUGCCUUUGUCAGUUCUCUCGAUUCGAACGCGUCGGAUCUUGAAGGGGCAUUUGGCGAAGAUCUAUGCCAUGCAAUGGGCGGAGGAUAAGGCGUGCUUGGUGUCCGCGUCUCAGGAUGGCAAACUGCUUAUCUGGGACUCUGUUACGACAAACAAGUUGAACGCUAUCCCUCUUCGAUCUUCCUGGGUCACAACUUGCGCGUAUGGACCUGGAGAAACUUUCGUUGCGUGUGGUGGAUUAGACAACAUAUGUAGCAUUUAUAACCUCAGAGGACGAGAGGUGCCUAUUCGGGCUUGUCGAGAACUUGCGGCUCACACCGGAUAUUUGUCGUGCUGUCGAUUCUUGUCUGAAAGGCAAAUUCUCACUUCUUCUGGAGAUAUGACGUGUAUUUUUUGGGACAUAGAAUCUAGUUCGAAGAUCAGAGAAUACAGCGAACACCAAGCUGAUGUCAUGAGCAUCAGCAUUUCUCCAGACAAAACCUGUUUCGUGUCUGGCGCGUGUGACUCGGCUGCAAAACUGUGGGAUAUCCGAGCGCCUAAGAGUCAACAGACCUUGACUGGACACACUUCGGACAUAAACACCGUCUGUUUUUUUCCAUCUGGACAGGGAUUUGCCAGUGGCAGCGAUGACAAAACAUGCAAAUUCUUUGACAUCCGAGCAGGACUUCCACUUAUGACCUACGAAAAAUCUGACAUCGACUGCGGCGUCACGUCCGUCGCUCUAUCUCGCUCGGGCAAAUAUCUCUUUGCCGGAUACGAUGAUUGUACUUGCAUUGCCUGGGAUACCUUAAAGGGCAAACCGGUCACCGUUCUCUCAGGACACGAUAACCGUAUCUCUUGUCUGGACGUAUCCUAUGAUGGCGUGGCUCUCUGUACAGGUUCAUGGGAUGCCAACCUCCGCAUCUGGGCUUGAACAGAAAGAAUGAUGCAACACUCUGUUCCUACAUGAUCUCUCCCCUUAUCAACCAUAACAUACAAUGAGCAAUCCUUCAGACUCUGAUCAAGACCUCUACACGCGCCUCUGUAUCCAGGGCUCUCUCAUUGAUUAUUUUUUUCUCAACAAACGAAAAUUCUGCCGCCCCCCCUUUCUGCAUCAAGGCCCUCGCGACGUGCAGAAAAAGCCUCGGCUAACUCUGCACAAUAAAACACUAAACGUUUUUGUACGUGCCACACAUAAUACACGUACGCCUCUCUCCCCCUGCCUCCUCAAAAAAAAAAUUACACACCCUCGACAUCUGCACGUUUAUUCGAUGCAAUUCGCCAGUUUAACGUCCAUACCUUCUAACAACGAGAGCCUCAUGCGCAAGCGACUUUUUCCCAAGAUUCAUGGCCGCCUCCUUAGCCAAUCAGAAUUUCCAAGAUAAUCAAUCCUGUGUUGAUCGCGAUGAGCGGCACUGUCCUCACGGUUCGAUGCGAGGGAAGGUUCAGAGCCGGAGUCACGUGGUUAAGACAUUGCGGCAGGAAGGUGUUAACGCUUUUAAAAUUAUACACAAAUUCGAAAACUUACGUCUGAACAGCAGUCUGACUGCAGUCAAAAGGCUAGCGAUAUUCUCCUUGA